CUAUCUAAUUACGUGUCUUUACCUUUUUCUGCAUCUUCUUCAGAUCUGAAAGCUUAGUGAUCCUCUUCUUCUUGCUGUUAACGAAGAUGGCUUCUUCUUCUUCUUCAUCAUCCCUGGCUCUCAUUUGGUUGUAUCACGUCUUCCUGAGCUUCCGUGGUGAAGACGUGCGCAAAGGCUUUCUUAGUCACGUUCUGAAAGAGUUCAAAAGCAAGGGAAUCAUUGUUUUCAUUGAUAACGAGAUCAAGCGAGGCGAAUCUAUCGGUCCAGAGCUUGUUAAAGCGAUCAGACAUUCAAGGGUUGCCGUUGUGUUGCUCUCCCGGAACUAUGCUUCUUCAAGCUGGUGUCUGGAUGAGUUAGUGGAAAUCAUGAAGUGCAGGGAAGAGUUUGGUCAAACAGUGAUGACCAUUUUCUACAAUGUGGAUCCAUCUGAAGUUAGGAAGCAGACCGGAGAUUUCGGAAAAGCCUUUGAUGAAACCUGUGUGGGGAAAGCAGAAGAGGUGAAGCAGGCAUGGAGGCAAGCUUUGAAUGAUGUCGCUGGUAUAGCUGGUUACCACUCUAGCAACUGGAGCUCGUGUCAAGGAGAUAAAAUCAAAGUUGAUCCUACAAUCAGAACAAGUUAAGGUGAUUGGGAUUUUUGGUCCUGUCGGGAUUGGGAAGACGACCACUGCCAGAGUUUUAUACAACCAACUCUCUCCCGAUUUUCCGUUCAGCACGUUUUUGGAGAAUAUCAGAGGGAGUUAUGAGAAGCCUUGUGGUAACGACUAUCAGUUGAAGUUGCGUUUGCAGAAAAACUUGUUGUCUCAAAUAUUCAACAAAGGGGACAUUGUGGUUCAUCACUUGGGAAGGGCUCAAGAAAUGCUGAGAGACAAAAAGGUGUUGGUUGUUCUUGAUGAAGUUGAUAAUUGGUGGCAACUAGAGGAAAUGGCAAAUCAGCGUGGAUGGGUUGGUCCCGGAAGUAUGAUUAUCAUUACAACUGAAGAUAGAAAACUUCUCAAGGCACUUAGACUCGGGAGCGGUCAUAUCUACAGGAUGAAAUAUCCAACUAGGGACGAGUCUCUGCAGAUCUUCUGCCACUA